CAUCGUCGCCCAGAGAUGACGGCAGCCAAACAUCACAAUUAAAACCCGCCUGGGAGAUUAUUUAGCUUCACAACAAGCAGUUUUCUAAACAAAUAUAAUAAAGACACGACAACAACAACAGCCAUGUCUGUGAAUUAUGCUGCUGGACUGUCGCCGUACGCGGACAAAGGUGUUUGCGGACUUCCGGAGGUGUUUGACAGCCCUGAGGAGCUGAAGGUGAAGGCAGAGACCCUUGCUCAGAUGAUUAAAGAAUCUGAGUACUUGGUCGUCCACUCUGGAGCAGGAAUCAGCACCUCAGCAGGCAUCCCUGACUUCAGGGGUCCGAAGGGUGUAUGGACGUUAGAAGAAAAGGGUGAGUCACCUCGCUUUGACACCACAUUUGAAGAUGCCCGACCCAGCCUGACUCACAUGGCCCUCCUGGGACUGCAGAGGGCCGGCUACCUCAAGUAUCUCAUCAGCCAGAAUGUGGACGGCCUACAUGUGCGAUCAGGCUUCCCCAGGGAUCUGUUAUCGGAGCUUCAUGGGAACAUGUUUGUGGAGGAGUGUGAGAAGUGUGGCAGGCAGUAUGUCAGAGACAAAGUGAUCGGCGUGAUGGGACUGAAACCGACAGGACGUUACUGUGAUGUGGUUCGAUCCAGAGGACUCAGAGCCUGCAGAGGAAAGCUGAUCAGCACUAUACUGGACUGGGAGGAUGCUCUUCCUGACAGAGACCUGAACAAAGCAGACGAUGCCAGCAGACGAGCAGACCUGGCACUGACGCUCGGCACCUCCAUGCAGAUCAAACCCAGUGGAGACCUUCCACUUCUCACCAAGCGCAAAGGAGGGAAACUGGCCAUUGUCAACCUGCAGGCCACGAAACACGACAAGCAUGCCCACCUGCGUAUCCAUGGUUACGUGGAUGAUGUCAUGAAAGAGGUAAUGGAGCUGCUGGGAUUGGAAAUCCCAAAGUGGGAAGGUCCGACUGUCUGUGAGAGCUCCAAAGUGGCCUCUGAGUCCACCACUGACGUCAAACCACCACGUGCAGUUACAGCAGAGAAAAAGGUGAAAAAGGAGGCGAUUAAGGAGGAGAGGAAAAGAGACACAACGGCACUAACAGAGGAUGGGGGUGUUACGGAGGAGGUGGUGUCGGUAAAGAGGGAGAGAGCGCAGCCCCCAGUGGAGAUAAAUGAAGAGAAAUAGCCUCAGGUUCGAUUUUCUGCGUUUUUCGCAUCCAUCAGAGCCUUCGGAGACAUUUGACCAAGACUCAGUGAAGAAAAUGUGGCGGUGGGACACAUCCGCAACAAGACAGAGGAACAGGGAGCACAGGAUAAUUUCAAAACUCAGACAGCUCACGUUUAACAGGUCAGACAGUAAUAUUCAGGUGCAUUGAAAUUUGAUUGAAUUGAAAUUUUUGCAACGAGUAGAACAAUAAAAUGCAUCUGAAUCAGUGUCCAAGGUGUCUGUGCAUAAUAAUUUUUUUCGGAUGACGGACUUAAAAAAUGCAUCUGGAAAAAAAACUAAUUUCAGUGUACGAAGGCCUUUACUCUCCCAGUCUGAAGAGGCAGACAGUACGGGCACAGAAGCUAAAUUAUGUUCUGCUGGAUGUCACAUUAGUUCGGUUCCUGAAGGUCACACAUUAACACAAAUGAUCAAGGUAUUGGUAGACCAGUAACUCUCAGUGUUCAGUGAGGUAAAAUUACUGUUUUUGUCAGUGCAGUCUGGUUUUUAAGAAAGCAUAGAUCAGUUUGAGUUCACCUACCUGCUGGACAGUGCUGUCUGAUGACAAGGUAGAGUGUAGAUUAUUAUAAUAUAGUAUAAUAUUGUAGAUAGCGUACACUUUAACUAAUUAAUUUCUUUUUUAGGUGGCUAAAACACAUUUCACUGCUGCUCCCGUCCACAGCCACCAGACUCCAUUGACAAAACAGUAAUUUUACCCUGCAGAACACUGGGAGAACUGGGAGCGUAAUAGUACAGGAAAACUUUAAAUAAAUCUUAGUUGAAAUACACAAAAAAUGAAUCUCACUAUGUAUAAGGUUUAAUAAUAGCACCAUCUUUCACCUCCAUAUACACAUGAUACAGUCACAGCAGGUCACACUGUCAGCGAAAGAUGUGUGUGAUGGAAGAUAGGGCAUCAGCACUAUAACCUGCGUCACUGCCUUUCCCUAAUGACUGAGUCGGCGUUUCAGAGUCAACCUUUAAUUAAUCUCUCAAGACAGAUUCUGCAGUUUACAUUGUAGAAUCUGUCGGCAGCCCUGUGUGAAAGACGACUACAGAGGGGGGAAAGGGUGGGGCUUUGAGUUUGAACGAUGCUGCGCUUUAGCCAAUCACAAUGGAGGGGGCGUGGCCGAGACGUGCAGGUGUCCCUAGGAAAUGUGUACCAACAGAAACAGUAAGCUCUGCGUCCAUGGCGACCGCUCCACCCAAAACGCCAUCUCAUCAAUGUGACUUUUUUUUUUUCCAGCGGAUGUCUUAGUUACAACAUGAUUGAGCUAACUGGAGUGAUUUCAUGUUGUAUCCAACAACAGGAGGCUUUUAACAGAUGACGUCCUGAUGUUAGCUUUGCUGCUGCUGUUAGCUGUCCCUGUCAGCUGCAGCCACUGAUGCUUUCUAGACAUCGUGAUUUCCCAAAACUGAAUACAUACCACGCAUAGCAACACAAAACUGCUUUGCUAGCUUAAUCAUGUUGUAACUAAGAUAUCCGCUGGAAAAAAAAAAAAAAAUUUCACAGACCGUAUAUUGAGUUACUGAGUUACUACAGAUACCGUUAACGGGGCUAACAGCUAACGGUUAGCCCAGCUAAUCUACGAUAACCAUGUUAUUAAUUACAAAACAUGCACACAUAAAUAGUAAUGUUUGUUCAAUCAUUGUGUUUAUAGACUUUACAAACAUCACGUGUACAUCACAUGUAAACAACAAGGCGAUUCCCUGGGGGCACCGCCGGAAGUGAAGGGGGUGAGCGAUUCCCCGAGGCCCCUGCACUUCCGUUAGUCGAAAAACUACGGGUAGUGCCUCCAGAGGUAAAGGAAGAAAAAAAAUCCUUUAUUUAUUUUAUUUUUUUACCGAUGGAUUUGGAAAGACGAGACAAAGAAAUGAGAUCUGGAGCACAUGGUUAUAUAUACCGUUUUUUUUAAGAUUAACAUUUUAUUGGCAUUUUCAGAUAGUGCACGUUACAAGCAUAUAUGUGGCAAAAGUUUGGCUAAAUAACCAACAGCAUUAAUGUUGACACUUGUAUAGAAAGUAUGAAGAUAUCCACAGUGCAUAGUGCCCACAAUCCAGCAACAGGAUGUUGGUUGGAUGGGGGUGUUGGUGCUUUCCAUUCUGAAAUAAUAAGUUUACGCCCCAGCAUCAGUGCAGUCUGUACCCAUUCUGCAUCAUGGGAUGGGAGGUCCUCAAGUAGGGAUGGGUCCCCCAAGAUAUAUAGCCUCAAGGCACAUCACUCCCUAUGAUUUUUGUGACAUUUUUGUGAAUCUCAGACCAGAAAUCUUUUAUUUUUUGGGAGCUCCACAGCAUGUGAGUCAGUGUGCCUUCCCCAUUUUGGCAUCUCCAGCACUCUGGGCUCUGUAUUAACGUGACUCUAUGUAGCUUGGAGGGGGUCCAAUAGACUCUAUUCAGGAUCUUGAAUUGAACUAGUCUAGUCUUGAGUUCUCUGGAUAUCUUUUUCAAGUUUUGUAAGAUCCCACUCCAUUCCCUCUCUGUGAAUGAUACGUUGAGGUCUGCUUCCCAAGUCAGUCUAAGGGAAGAUUCACCUUUGUCUGAGCAUUUUAAAAGCAUUGAAUAAUACAAUGAGGCUUCAUGUCCCUUGCCAAAGAUUUUCAGUAUUGGUGUGAGGAAGCUUGCAGUAGGGGGAGGUGUUGAAAGAGAUCCAAAGGUAUGGAGCAACAGGUGUCUGAGCUGUAAAUACUUCCAGAACUGCUGCUGGGGCAGAUGAAAUUGUGCCUUAAGAUCAGAAAAAGACUUAAACGUGUCCCCUGCAUAUAGGUCCCCAAGGACCAAGAUACCCCUCUCAACCCAUGAUCUCCAGAAAAAUGGUGAUUUGUGGGUGGAUACUUCAUGAGAACAUAUCAAGUGAGCAUCUCCAGCUCUCAUACAGCUUAUGGGAAUUUGUAGGUCAGCCCUGAUCCUAACUGUUAAAUUAGCACAUUUUCGACAAAAUCAUCAAAGUGCUUCUCUCACUGUACAAAGGCUUUGUGCUCCUCUGAUGAGAUGUAUAAUUCUGCCUGAUUUUCUAUGUAAAUGGAGCAGCUGCUGUCGCUCGACUGUAAUCGCACUGUACGUUUCUAGGAAAAGAAUUUUAUCUCAGGAAAAAGCAUUGUACUCUGUUGGGGAAAAAAGUCACUUAACGGUUUUAUUUUAAACAUGUUUUGGCAAUAAAUGCAACAAGUUGGCGGUAGAACUUCCUGUGUAUGUACGCUGUAUGUUGUGCACCGUCUAACGGCGGUGGCCUCGUUGCAAAUGUGAUCAAACAUGUCAGAGGGAGUGAGGAGGGCUUGCAUAAUGGUAUGAUUCUUUGUGUUUGCCGUGACGAUUCAUUAACAUCUCUGAGGGCAGUGUCUAUACACUUGGGUAGUUGUAAAAUGUCUGUGACUGGUCAUUAUAAAACACCUACGGCCUCCUCCGUAAGAGCUGUCGCUAUGGCAAGAGGACCAAAGAGCCUCUUUCUGAUGCUCCAUUCAACACAGAUCUUGUGUCUCUUUGAUUUAAAGGAUCUUCACAGGCCUGAAGAGGUGAAAGAAUCUAAUAUUUCACUAGAACAACCGCAAAAAUAAAUAAAUAUAUAAAAAUCAUUUUGUGCAGCAUAUAUAUUUCUC